AUGAGGGGCUGGGACAUUCUGAGCUUUCACAAUGUGAAGCCCGAGUAUCUGGAUGCCUACAACAGCCUGACGGAGGCUGUGCUGCCCAAGCUGCACCUGGAUGAGGACUACCCCUGCUCGCUCGUGGGCAACUGGAACACAUGGUAUGGGGAGCAAGACCAGGCAGUUCACUUGUGGCGAUUCUCAGGUGGCUACCCAGCCCUCAUGGACUGCAUGAACAAGCUCAAAAACAACAAGGAGUACUUGGAGUUCCGAAAGGAGCGGAGCCAGAUGCUGCUGUCUCGGAGAAACCAGCUGCUCCUUGAGUUCAGCUUCUGGAAUGAGCCACAGCCCAGAGCGGGCCCCAACAUCUAUGAGCUGAGGACAUACAAGCUCAAGCCAGGAACCAUGAUCGAGUGGGGGAACAACUGGGCUCGGGCCAUCAAGUACCGGCAGGAGAACCAGGAGGCGGUGGGCGGCUUCUUCUCACAGAUAGGAGAGCUCUACGUUGUGCACCAUCUCUGGGCCUAUAAAGACCUGCAAUCUCGGGAGGAGACUCGAAACGCUGCCUGGAGGAAGAGGGGCUGGGAUGAAAAUGUCUACUACACAGUCCCCCUGGUGCGACACAUGGAGUCUCGGAUCAUGAUCCCUUUGAAGAUCUCGCCUCUCCAGUGA